AGACCAAUUCCCACCAUUUCAUGGAAAAGAUGCCAUGAGCGCAAGUGUUUGAUCAGAUAACGCAGCACAGUCCUCACGACAUGUGAACUUGUCAUGGUCCCAGAAACAUAACCAAUUCAAUAAAACUAUGUUUUUUGAAAGAGUUGUUGAAUAAAAGAAAUAUUACAGACCAAUAACCAAAAAUGUAAGCAGAAUGGGAGUAAGUUUCUCAGUCAAUGGAGUGGGUCAAGCUUAAAAAAACAAGAAGAAGAUUAUAAUUUGGACUAGUUUUCAUUCUGUCUCCAUCCCGAAUUUUCUUCCUCAGAAGUCAAUUUUUUAAAGAGGAUAGAUUUGGAGUUACUUUUCCAUCAAAUUUUGUCACAAACUGAAGCAUCAAACUAUGUGAUAAACCAUGCUUACAAAUCUGAAUUAUUUUUUUAUCUCAAUAGGGUGCAUUAGAUUCCCUUCAUGAAUUCAGUCCAUAUAAUUCAAGUACCGGGGAGUUCAUACAAGCUCUGAUAUCUUGGGAAGCACUAAAAUCCAAGCUUAAUUUUGCCGCCACCAUGUCAAAGAUUAAUGUCUCAGCUGCAUCAGUUUGGUUUCUCUGUAUUUUUUAUAGCAUGGGAUGUUUGUUACAGGCAGCUCAAGUAAUAGCAGACACAGAUCCUGUUGAAGUUUCUGCAAUAAGGUCACUUUCUGAGAGGUGGAAUAUUCGUUCAUCUGCAACAUGGAACCUCACAGAUCCAUGCUCUGGCCAGGCCAGUUCUACUGCAGAGAUAGGAAAUCCUGGCAUCAAGUGUGCCUGCUCAGGAACUGUCUGCCAUGUUACACAAAUGAAGGUCUAUGCGUUGGACAAAACAGGAGAGCUUCCAGAAGAACUGGCUAAUCUGACUUACCUCUUCGAUCUGAACCUGAACCAGAAUUAUUUUAAUGGUCGCAUUCCUGCUUUCUUGGGGAACCUCACCAAGAUGAAAUACUUGGCCUUUGGCAUUAAUAACUUUUCUGGUCCUGUACCAAAGGAGCUUGGAAAUCUUCAGAAUCUGAUAGUAUUGAGCUUUUCGUCAAACAAUUUAAAUGGAACACUGCCGCUAGAGCUUGGUAACUUGACCCAGUUGGAACAACUGUAUAUUGAUAGUUCCGGUGUAAGUGGAGAGAUUCCAAGCACAUUCGGAAAUCUACGAAAAUUGAAGAAAGUAUGGGCAUCUGAUAAUCUAUUCACAGGUGCAAUACCCGAUUUCAUUGGAAACUGGGUUGAUCUAAUUGAAUUGAGACUUCAAGGAACAGCUCUUAAGGGUCCAAUUCCUUCAAGCUUCUCCAAGUUAACCUCUUUGACAACUCUAAGAAUAAGUGACUUAACUUCAGGCAUCACAUCGUUGACAUUCUUACAAGGCUUGAAGAAAUUAACUGAACUAGUUCUGAGAAACAACGAGAUUUCUGGCGAAAUCCCUUCAUAUGUUGCAGAAUUGAGUGAAUUGCAGUACUUGGACUUGAGUUUUAAUAAUUUUACAGGAGAGUUUCCUGCUUCACUUCAAAAUUUGAGAUCUUUGAUAUUCCUCUUUCUUGGAAAUAAUAAUCUAUUUGGGAAGCUUCCUUCACAGAUGAGUUCAUCACUUAUGUACAUAGAUGUAUCUUACAAUCAAUUUUCAGGAAAUCUUCCAACAUGGUCCAACAACCCAGCUUUGAAAUCAAAUCUGGUAGGAAAUCACUUUGAAAUAAGUGAGACAAAUAAUGGACUUGCUUUGAGUAGAUUGGCUUGCCUCCAACGGACUUUUCCUUGUAAUAGGGGAGCUCCACGCUAUUCUCACUUUGCAAUAAACUGUGGCGGCUUACAAAUGACUUCCCAGCAAGGAAUUGAUUAUGAAAGUGACAACGAAACACUUUAUCCUGCCUCAUUUUACGUGAGUGACACACAAAGGUGGGGAGUCAGCAAUACUGGAAAUUUUAUGGACAAUUCCGCAGAGAGUUUUACAGAAUCCAGUCAAUCUCAAUUUACAAAUACAUUAGAUGGAGAACUCUACCAAACGGCACGCUUAUCUCCCAGUUCACUAAGAUACUAUGGCUUAGGUCUUGAAAAUGGACCAUAUACAGUAAAACUACAAUUUGCUGAAAUAAAUAUUCUAGACAAAGGAAGCUGGAAGAGUCUUGGAAAACGCAUUUUUGAUGUUUUUAUUCAGGGGAAUAAGGUAUUAACGAAUUUCAACAUCCAAAAGGAAGCGGGAGGUUCAUUUAUAUCAGUUGAUCGAUCUUUUAGCGCAAAUGUUACUGAAAAUUUCCUUGAAAUUCAUUUUUUCUGGGCUGGGAAGGGAACAUGCUGUAUUACAAAACAAGGGACCUACGGACCUUUAAUAUCAGCCAUAACUGUUACACCUGAUUUCACUCCUACUGUUUCGGAUCGUCCACCUUCCAAUUCCUCCUCGAAGAAAAUCACGCAUGGAUUAGUGAUUGGAAUUAUUUUCGGUGGAAUGGCUGUUGUUAUGGUAUGUCUUGUUAUUACCAUUUUGUGGCUCAGGAGAUUCAGAAAAUCCUUGGAAGCCCGUGGUCAAGUCCACGAAGGUAAUGGCCAGAGCCAUUCGGAGGUGAAAUUUCAGGAAUGAUAUAUCUUCCUUCUAAUUGGGUUGAGUUCAAUUUGGCGUAAUUUGGUAAUAGUAUUGCUUCUGUAUCAGCAUUUAAAAAGAACUGGAAUAUUUUUAUAUCCAGAGGUGCUAUAUAUAUAGAGAGGCAUAGAAAUGUCUUUAUGUCAUAAUUACAUGUAAAAAUAUAACUAGCAAUUGCAUCUUGGUGUGUAAUAGGUACACUGAAGAGUUGUUGAAGGUCAACCAAGGAUUUUUUUGGUCUAUUUUUUUAGAUGAGGUCAAUCAAUAGGUCUUUUAGUAA